AUGGAUAAUGACACAACUGUGUUUCUUCUCUUGGAUUUCUCAAAACUUUGGAAGGUACAAAUCAUUUACUUAUCUUUAUUCCUGACAGUUUAUUUAAUGACAGUAACUGGGAACCUUCUCAUCAUCACUGCUGUUGUCUUUGACCACCACCUUCACACUCCCAUGUAUUUCUUCAUGAUGAAUUUAGCCAUGCAGGACAUUGGUUCAGUUUCAGUCAUUAUCCCUAAAGUUGUUUUAAAUUUUCUUACCAAUAGUAGGUAUAUUUCCUAUUCUGGAUGUGUUGCUCCGGUUCUAUUCUUUUUCUUCUUUCUGGCCUGUGAUGUUUCCCUCCUUACUGUCAUGGCGUAUGAUCGAUAUAUUGCCAUUUGUUAUCCAUUACAAUAUGGAAUUAUAAUGAACAGGAAGGCCUGCACCAAAAUGGUUGGCAGUUGCUGGACUGCCAGCGUUCUCAAUGCUAUAUUACACACUACUGCAACAUUCACUAUUCCUUUCUGCUCUAAUAUUAUCAAUCAGUUCUACUGUGAGGUUCCAUAUUUACUCAAGAUUGCCUGCUCUGGUUUAUAUGGAGCUGAAAUUGGAAUGGUAAUGUUCAGUUCUACAUUAGCAUUUGGUUGUUUUGUCUUUGUUAUUUUUACUUAUGUGCAGAUCUUCUCUGCUGUACUGAGAAUUCCUUCUGUUCACGGAAGGAAAAAGGCCUUUUCCACUUGUCUACCACACCUUAUUGUCUUCUCCCUAUUUUUGUUUACUGCUUGCUUUGCUUACCUAAGGCCCAUAUCUGACAGUCCAUCCCCUCCUGACUUCAUAAUUACAAUUAUGUAUUCCAUUAUUCCAUCCAUGUUUAAUCCAUUAAUCUAUAGCAUGAGAAACAAGAAGAUCAAAGCUGCUCUUUCAAGAUUUGAGACAAUACAAUUAUGCAUUCAUUAUAAAUACCAUUUUGAAAUGUGUUUGAAAUCCAUGCUUAAAAAGAUAGGGAUCAGAUUUUCUGAAAAAAAAAUAUUUUCAAAAUCACCAUAA